AUGGAUUCCAUCAAGCAGGGCGCCAACUACGUCUCCGAGAAGGCCCAGCAGGCCGUUUCCGGUACCUCCAAGGAGGCCAACAAGGAGGUUGCCAAGGACAGCAACGCUAACCUUGGCACUCGUGCUUCUGCCGCCAAGGACGCCGCCGGCGACAAGCUCAAGGAGUCUAAGCACGACGCCAAGGGCGAGGCUCACAAGGAGGCCAUCUAA